AUGUCUUCAAGUCCUCCUCAAGGUGAAGUGUUUUGUGGUGGAGCCACCACGUCUCAACAUAUCGAAGCUCAAGAUGAAGAUCACUUUGAAAACACUACUUUUAAAUUAAAAAGAACAAGAUCAAUGGGACUAUUGGAUGAAUAUAUCGAACCAUUCCAAAGGGCUCAACCAAUAAAGGAAAACUUAACGGUCGAUACUUCCUUACCUGCAUCAUCAUCUACUAGUUCAUCCAAUGAUUAUGAUAACAACAACAAUAAUAAUAAUAAUACAUUAAUUUCUUCAGCUAAUCAAACAUCUCCCCCUCAUUCUCAAACUCCAAUAGCGGCAUCGGCUCUUCAACUUGAAAGUCCCGAAUUAAUUCCUCAUGAUGAUACAGGAAUUGCUUCUGAACCUUCAAGACAUGUCGAUUAUUUAUCUCAUAAAUGGGAUGUAUCUGAUAUAUCUAAAUCUUGGAGAUAUGUAAUUCAAAAACGGAAAGAUGUUGCUAAUGCUGCUAGAUUAGAAAAUGCUAGUUGGAGAACUUGGGCUCAAAGAAGAUCGAAUUUAAAAACUAUAAGUCCAGAAGUUGUAAAUUGGUCAAAGGAUAGUGAUGUGACUUGGCUUUAUGGUCCAAUAUUGAAGGAUAAUAGUUCACCAUUGAGUUCAUCACCUCCGGCAUCCUCAUCACAACAGCAACAACAACAACAACAGCAGCAACAACAAACCCAUCAAUCAGUAAGACAUCAAUCGAUUGCUUCUAAUUCAGUUGCAGGGGAUAUAUCAGUACCUAAUCCUAAUGCACCCAAACCAAUCUUAAAGAGAAGAACAGUUCAUGAUAUGAUGAUAAGUCAUACCGAUUUAUUAAAAUUAAAUAUGGCCUCGAAUAAAUUAUACCAAAAGACUCGAGAACAAAUUCAACAACGAUUAAAAGAAGAAGAAGAAAAAGGUAAAGGUAAAUCUAAGCCUAUGGAAUUUGAUGAUUAUGAUGCUAUAAGUGCUAAAUUAAAUACUCAAUAUAAUGGUCAACGAUCCAAUAGUGGGAGUAUUUCGAAAUUACAAGAUUUAUUAAAUAAUCCAAAUAAUCAUCAUCAAACUUCUUCAAGAAAUGCAAAUAUUUCAACUCCUUUAUUUAGAAGUAAUGAUGAUCUUGAUAAUACUGCAACUUCAAGUAUAGAUACUAUACUUUUAAACCCAGCAUCUAAUGAUAACACCACCACCACCACCACUACCACAACCACAACCUCCCCCUCCACCAAUAAUCAACCUGAAAUUAAUGACUCCUCUAAUGAUUUAAAUGAUUCACAAAAGGCUGCCCUGCCAUCUCCUCAACCACAAGUACAACCACAAGUACAAGCACAAGCACAAGCACAAGCACAGGCACCAUCCCAAUCUCAAUCACAAAUAGAACCAAUUGCCAAAGAAUCUCGUCAUAUUCAUUUUAAUGAUGAAGUUAAACAAUGUAUUGCUAUAGAUAAUUUCACAGAUACUGAAGGUGGAGAUGGAGAAGGAGAUGAUUAUAAUUCAUAUGAUGAAGAUUAUUAUUAUGAAGAUGAUGAAUAUAAUAAUAGUGAAUAUAAUUUAUCUGAUUCAACUUACAGACCUAAUACUCCAUCACCAUUUGAUAAUAGUGAUUAUGAUGAUGAAGAUGAUGAUGAAGAUGAAGAAGAUGGAUUUAUGAUUAAUGUUAAAUCUCCUUCCUUAACUGCCUCGGGGAUUUUACCAGCAUUAACUCAUAGUACAAGUAAUAAUCAUAAUAAGAAUAUUAAUCAAGAUAAUACUGAAGAUAAUGAAUCUAUUUCAACAGAUACAAGUAAAACUUAUCGAACUAUUCAUCUUUUACCAUCUACUUCAUUAAAUUAUGGAUCUGAUGAAGAAAGUGAUGAAGAAAAUCCUUAUACUUCAAGUUUAUCUCAUAAUGUUAAUAAUGAUAUUAGUAGAGGUUAUGAUUAUUAUUAUGAUUAUAAUACUGUAUAUACAAUUGAUCCAAAUCAUGCAAUUUAUGGUAAAAAGGAAAGUCCUGAUGUUAUUGAUGUACCAGAAAAUAUUGGAAUUGGUUCAAAUUUUGAUUAUGAUUAUCAAACUUCUAAUAUUGUUCCAAUUAUAAAUCCUACUAUAAUUAAUAAUAAUAAUGUUAAUGUUAAUCCUCCAUCAAAUAUUAAUGUUACUUUACCUUCAACUCCUUCAAUUCCAAUUCCUGGUACUAAUCAAUUACCUCAAGUACCAAUACCUAAUCCAACUCCUAUUCCAUCUAAAUCUCCAUUCCUGUUGAAUGAUUCAGAAGAUGAAAGUGAUGAUUCAGAAGAUGAUGAUUCAGAAGAAGAAGAAGAAGUUGGAUUAUCAAUAACUACUCGAUCUUCAAGUCAAUCAUUGGCUCAACAAGCUUUUGGACAACAAAGUAUGACAGCUCAUUUCCCAGAAUCUUUUGAAAAUCGUGAACCAACUCAAUUACCAAUCUCAAUUAUAAAUCCAAAUCAUUCAUCGGCUUCUAUAUCUAAACAACCUCAUUCAUCAAGUUCAUUAUCACAACUGUUUUUCGGUGAUGGAUUAACUAAACUGAAAUCUUCAUCAAGUGCUUUGGCAGAUCAAUUCUUUAAACCAACCACAACUUCCACAACAACAUCUCUGUCUCAUAUACCGCAUGAUAGAGAAACUUUUACUCCAUCACCUGAAAAUGGAUUACAAAGAACAUUAUCAAAUACUCAACGAAAGUCUUCUCCAUUACCUCCAACCACCACUUCACAAAAUGCUUUUCUGGAAAACUUAUCACCUCCACCAGGAGAUGAAAAAGUUUCUUCGAUAUCAUCAUCAUCGGUUCCAAUCCCUCCACAACGGAAAACAUUUUCAUUUGAUGAUUCAGAUUCCGAAUCUGAAGAUGAACAUAUUGAAACCGUAAUACCCGCACCUUCUCGUCCUCCAUUACAACAAAAGUCAAGUUAUUCUACUUUAUCUCAAGUCGCUAAUGGUUAUGGUAUACCAUCACCAGAUGGUCAAGGUAGUGGAAGUGGUAGUAUUGGUGGUGGUACAGGUACAGGUACAGGUACAGAUGAGACAUUGGCAUCUCCAACUCUUGUAGGACAAGCCAAGGGAUUAGCCAACCAUUUGUUAGGAAGUUGGAAACACAACAAUAGUAGCCACGAAUCAUGA